CAUAGGUUAGCACUACCUCUACAUCGAUAUAGUGUGACAUUGAAUUGAAUGUGACUUUCAAUCAAACCAUUGAUCACUUCCUCCCAGUGUUUGAGACAAUCGUUUCCCUCAACUCUUGUGACACUCUUUUGUUGGCUUAACCUUUGAAGAAGUAGUUCCCGCAGAAGACAAUGGCGUCCAAAGUGUGUCUAAUAGUGAUCGACGGCUGGGGUGUGACCAACGAGUUGGACGGCAACGCCAUCGCCGCCGCAGACACUCCGGUCAUGGACUCAAUGGCCCGAUCGGAGGGACAGUACAUAACUCUGGACGCGUCGGGUCUGGCCGUGGGUUUGCCCGACGGACUGAUGGGCAACAGCGAAGUCGGGCACUUGAAUAUAGGCGCCGGUCGUGUCAUCUAUCAGGACAUCGUUCGCAUCAAUUUGGACGUCAAGUCUAAGGCCAUCCAUAAGAACGCAAACUUCGUGGACGCGUGCAGUCGAGCCAAAAGCACUUCUUCGGGUCGACUCCAUCUGUUAGGUCUGGUCAGCGACGGCGGAGUUCACGCGCAUAUCGACCAUCUGUUCGCACUUCUGGAGGGCGCGAAAGUGAAUGCUGUGCCCAACACUUACAUUCACUUCUUCUCCGAUGGACGCGACACGAGUCCCACUUCUGGCGCCGGUUUUGUCCAACAAGUGAUCGAUAAGACCAAAGAAUUGAGUUACGGGUCUUUGAGCACAAUUAUGGGCCGCUAUUACGCUAUGGAUAGAGACAAGCGAUGGGAACGCAUCCAAAUCGCUUACGAGGGACUCUUUGAAGGCAAGGGCACAGAAACCACUUUGGAUCAAGUGGUGGAUGUCGUUAAGCAGAACUACGCGGCCAACCCGACCAUCACCGACGAGUUCCUCAAACCUAUUAUCAUUAACAAAGAGGGUUUGAUCCGCGAGAACGACACACUAGUGUUCAUCGACUACCGCGCGGACCGAAUGCGUCAAAUCACCGAAACUCUUGGCGUUCAGCAGUACUUCGAACCCAAAAAGAAUAUCCCGAAGAAUUUGGCCAUUUAUUCAAUGACUCAAUACAAGAAGGAGUUUCCCUUCAAAUCUCUUUACCCGCCGGUUGUGCCGAAGAACGUGUUGGCGGAAGUGCUCGGCUCUAAGGGUUUGCCGCAAUACCACUGCGCGGAGACCGAAAAGUACGCUCACGUGACCUUCUUCUUCAACGGCGGUCAGGAGAAGGAGUUUGCGGGAGAAGUGAGACAAAUGGUUGGGUCACCCAAAGUGGCCACUUAUGAUCUGCAGCCGGAGAUGAAUUGCAAGGGUGUCGGCGAGGCGUUGGCCGCAGCCAUCGCUUCCAAGAAGUACCCGUUCCUGAUGUGCAACUUUGCGCCGCCAGAUAUGGUCGGCCACACCGGCAAAUACGAGGCGGCGGUGAAGGCCUGCGCGGCCACAGACGUGGCCAUCGGUGUAGUGAAGAAGGCGUGCGAAGACAACGGUUACGUACUAUUGGUGACCGCAGAUCACGGAAACGCCGAGAAGAUGUACGACAAUAAGAGAGGGCCGCACACCGCCCACACCACCAAUCGGGUCCCAUUCAUAAUGGCCAACACUACCCAUAAGUUCGGCACUCUAUCACAUAACGCCGCCCUUUGCGAUGUGGCGCCCACUGUACUCGACUUACUCGGCAUACCUGUGCCCGAACAGGACAUGACCGGCCGAUCACUGAUAAGCCAUUAGUCAAUUGUUUUUAUUAUUUGUUAUUUUAUUAUAUAUUUAAUUAGGUAUUGAAUUAAAUUCUGAUUUUAAUUUAAGUCUCUAAUCAUAAUCACAUAACCGGUGCUAUUAUAACAAUAAUGUGUCAAUAAUUGUAGUUUUAAAUUAAACGAUUAUACAGAAAAUUCUCG